GUCUGCUUCGUCGGCAUCUUCAGCAACAUCCUCGUCAUCGUCGUGUUCGCCAGGCAAGGGUUCAAGGACAGCACCAGCAUCUCCAUGACAACGGUCACGAUCUGGGACCUCAUCAAGUGCCUGGGCGGCUUCGUCCAGCGCCUGGCAGGACCACUGGUCCUCGCGUCCCCUGCCCUGGCCUACAGCUGGACCAACGUGUCCCUCGUCGUCUGCAACUACCUGGUCUCGUUCUCCUGCUACGUCACGAGCGUGCUGGCGGCUUACGUGGCCGUCGAGCGAUGUCUGUGCGUGACGGUACCGCUCAAGGUCAAAUGGCUCCUCACCCCGAAAAUCGCGCUGAUCAUCUGCGUCACGAUUUCCGUCGUCGUCUUCGGGUGCUUCGUCGUCAUCUUCGGCAUCUACGACGUUUUCUGGGUCUACGAUCCCAAGUACGGCACCGACGUGGCCGUGUAUAAAUACAAUGCGUUCUCCGCCAACAACACGGCUCUGUUCGGCUACUACAACAUGUCCGGUGUUCUCUGGCCGCUGGUCAGUCUGGUGGUCAUCGUCCUUUCGACUUUUAUCAUCUCCUACAAGCUGCAGAAAUCCUCAGAGUUUCGAAACCGGGCGAAAUCUGUAAAAGUAAUCAGCGGAGACUCAAAAUUUUCCAGUUCCGAUACCGUGGAGUCGGGUUCUACGAAACACGGCAAGCAGGCGGCCAUCUCUAGACGAGACCGGCAAGUCAUCAAGAUGCUGCUCGUGGUCAUAAUCAUCUACAUCGUGAACCUGUUUCCCCGCGUCGCCCACUACCUGGGCAAGUACAUCGUUUUCGAAUACUAUUAUCUGCGCCGAUACCACAACCUCUUCGCGAUAAUGGCGUAUGCGGUUUUCGUGUUCGAUUACGUCAACGGGUCUGUCAAUCUGUUCGUGUUUUACGCUAUGAGCUCGUCGUUC